AUAAAGCUUCAAAAAUGAAGGUGUUGCUUUUGCUUGUGGCGGCAAUUUUCGCCUGUGGCGCUGAAGCGCAGAUUUGCAAUGUUUCCGCCACCAUCGUGAGCGGCACUCACGCUCCGCAGGGCACCAUCUGCUCUGGCCAGCUGCUGUUCGAGGAGAACUUCAACGAGCUGAACUUCGCCAAGUGGCAGCACGAGAUCACGCUGGCCGGCGGUGGGAAUUGGGAAUUCCAGUGGUACAGCAACAAUCGCUCCAACUCCUACGUGAACGGCGGUCUGCUGUACAUCCGCCCGACACUCACGAACGACACCACUGGCGAUCACUUUAUCUCCUCGGGCACGCUGAACAUCCACGGCGGAGCGCCAGCGGAUCAGUGCACAAAUCCGCAGUUUUGGGGCUGCGAGAGAACCGGAAGCUUCAACAAUGUCAUCAAUCCCAUCAAGAGCGCCCGCAUUCGCACCGUGAACUCCUUCGCCUUCCGCUACGGAAGAGUGGAAGUUCAGGCCAAAUUGCCGGCCGGAGAUUGGCUGUGGCCAGCCAUUUGGCUCAUGCCCAAGCACAACGUCUACGGCUCCUGGCCAGCGUCCGGCGAGAUCGAUCUGAUGGAAGCGAGAGGCAACAGGAAUCUCCUGCAGAACGGCGUGAACAUCGGCGUGGAGCGCGUGGGAAGCACGCUCCACUUCGGCCCCUAUCCCGCCCUCAACGGCGCCAACACGACGCACUUCACGCGCAACUCCGCCGCCGGCAACGGCUUCAAUCGCGCCUUCCAUCGCUACCAGCUGGAGUGGACGCCGGACAGCAUGCGGUUCUACGUGGACGGCCAGCUGAUCGGCACCGUGAACGCCAGCACGACGAGCUUCUGGGAUCGCGGCGGCUUCGCGGCGCGCGCGCCAGGCACGGAGAAUCCCUGGCGCUACGCCGGCCGCAUGGCGCCCUUCGACCAGGAGUUCUACCUGAUCAUCAAUCUGGCCGUGGGCGGAACCAACUUCUUCCCGGACAACGUCUCGAAUCCCGGCGGCAAGCCGUGGCACAACUCGUCGCCGCAGGCGUCCACGGACUUCUGGAACGGACGCAAUCAGUGGCUGCCCACGUGGAACCUCAGGACGGACUUCUCGCGCGAAGCCUCGCUGCAAGUCGAUUACGUGCGCAUUUGGGCGCUUUGA